AUGGAGAUUCUGCACAACUCCACAGACUUCAUCCUCCUGGGUCUCAUCACCCACCCCACGUGCCCUGGCCUCAUCUUUGCAGUCAUCUUCUCCAUCUUUGUGGUGGCUGUCACAGCCAACGUGGCCAUGAUCCUGCUCAUCCACAGGGACCCGCACCUCCACACGCCCAUGUACUUCUUGCUCAGCCAGCUCUCCUUUAUGGACACUGUCUACAUCUGUGUCACUGUCCCCAAGACACUCCAAGACCUGCUGUCCAAGGAAAAGACCAUUUCCUUCCUGGGCUGUGCAUUUCAGAUCUUCUUCUACCUGACCCUUGUUGGAGGUGAAUUCUUCCUGCUGGGCUUCAUGGCCUAUGACAGAUAUGUGGCUGUGUGCAGGCCCUUGCGGUACCCUCUCCUCAUGAACCGCAGGGUUUGCUUAUUCAUGGUGGUGAGCUCCUGGGUAGGCGGAUCCUUGGAUGGAUUCAUGCUAAGUCCUGUCACCAUGAGCUUCCCCUACUGUGGGUCUCGAGAGAUCAACCACUUCUUCUGUGAGAUCCCAGCGGUGCUGAAGCUGUCAUGCACAGACACGUCUCUCUACGAGACCCUGAUGUACGCUUGCUGCGUGCUGAUGCUGCUCAUCCCUUUGUCUGUCAUUUCUGUCUCCUACACACACAUCCUCAUCACGGUCCACAGGAUGAACUCUGCCAAGGGCCGGCACAAAGCCUUCACAACGUGUUCCUCCCAUAUAAUGGUGGUGAUCAUCUUCUAUGGGGCAGCCUUCUACACCAAUGUGCUGCCCCAUUCCUACCACAUGCCAGAGAAAGAUAAGGUUGUGUCUGCAUUCUACACCAUCCUCACCCCCAUGCUGAACCCCCUCAUCUACAGCCUGAGAAACAAGGAUGUGGAAGAGGCUCUUAGGAAAGCCCUGGGGAGGUGUGCUGCCUCCCGGAGAAUCAGAGCAGGGAGAGUGCCCAGGAAAUACUAGGAGUGGGUGAU